AUUCUACUAUACUUAUGUGAUUUGUGAUAUAAUGUUACACUGCUGUACCAUACUGCCUAUAUAGUUAUAGGCUGAUAUAGAAUAUCCCUUAUCUCAUGGUCGGUAGAAAAGGUAUUUGAUUUGAUGACUCAAUUUGUGUUUGAUUGCCAACAAAAAUUAUAAACAACGGAAGACACGUAAAUCCAAAACACAUGAAAUUUAAACGAUACAAAUGGUUUGGUACAUUCAAACGUUACCGUGUAAAUAUUCUUAAAAUUCUCCGUUUACUGUUUGAGUACGCUGCCCGGACCAAUAUGGCGGCGACGUAAAUGCAUACGUCUACGCUCGUGCCCCUCCCCUAGUGGACGAAAUCAGCCAAUGAGCGCAGUGGUACGGUUUUUAAAUCGACCACGUUCUCACCGCUUCACUCAGCGGUGCUGCACCGAUGUGAGUCGUUGUGGGAAAUAGUGAGUUUUUGAGACGAGGCGACACUGAACAACAGACUUUGUCACCAAAGACUGAACAGACUGACAUGGCAAAAGGGAAGAAAAACGGACAGAGAACUGUUGAACAUAAAGUCGCUUCACAGACUUCAGAGACAAAGGAAAACAAACCGGCGACCAACAAGGAUUGCAUUGGUAAAGUACAAUCGAUAAUCCAGUGUCUACGGAGUCCGAGUAAACCUCGAUCCCCUCUGAGUGACAGUUCAAGCAUGUUGAUCCCGGAAGGUAAUGAAUCUGAAUCUGUGGCUCAUCCUGACACGUCAAAGCUGAAAAAAGAUGUACCUAAAGAAGUGAAACGCGAUAGUUGUGAGUCCAAAGAGCAGAAGGCUGAAAUGCCUUGUCACAGUCAUGGGACCAGGGAGCAAUUCACUGACCAGCCCGAUCAGAAAGAGACAAGCACUUACACAAACCAGGUCAGGUCUGCAGCAGACGGCAAAGUUUCAGCGUCCAAACCUCGCAGCAGAACUGGUCACAGAGGUGGAACAAAAAAGACAGAUAAUAAAGCUUCCCAAAACAGAAAGGUCACAGACUACUUUCCAAUCCGAAGAAGUAACAGGAAAACUAUGGCAGAACUAAAGAGUGAAGAACACAAACAUCUUGACGACCUGAUAAAGAAUGGCACUGAAGAUGGAAUGCAGGUGAAACACAUAGAAGGAAAAGGAAGAGGGGUGUUUGCUGUCAAAGACUUCAAAAAAGGAGAGUUUGUUGUGGAGUACCAUGGAGACCUACUGGAACUAGCGGAGGCUAAAUUAAGAGAGGCCCAGUAUGCUGAGGAUCCCUUAACAGGCUGUUACAUGUACUACUUCCAAUAUCAAACUAAAACAUACUGUGUAGAUGCCACAAAGGAAACAAGUCGGCUUGGAAGACUCGUUAACCACAGUAAAACCGGCAACUGCCAGACACGGCUUCACGCCAUCGAUGGAACCCCACAUCUGAUCCUGGUGGCCUCAAAAGACAUUGAGGCAGAGGAGGAGCUGCUGUAUGACUACGGCGACCGGAGUAAAGCCUCCAUCAUGGCUCACCCUUGGCUCAAACACUAAAGUGUUAUGUAUUUGAGAUGAAUUGGUGCUCUCUGAUGGUGAUCUCUGUUUUUUUUGUAAAAAGAUGCUGUAGAUGAGCAGUCCACGACAUUUUUUAAUUAGGAUAAAAAAAGAAGAGAAAUUAGUUUUAAAUGGAUGCUAAAGCUUCAGCUUGUGAAACAUGUAUUUUUUUUGCAACAGCUUUUAUAACCUUUUAUAUUUUUCUUAUCUAUAUGUAGCAGAUUUAAUAUUGGAAGAGGAUUUCCCCUCUGGAGAGUUAAAGUUUCCUUUUUCUAUUAACUAUAACUGUAAUAUUCAUUUCUGCUAAUUGUAAAUUAUUACCUGUGCUGUAAAUUGAAGAAUAAACAGUUCAGCUCAUUCCAGCUGUCGUUAUCAACAGUAAAGAAGGCCUGGAAACGA